UCGAACUCUUGUAUUGCUUUAGGCUUUUAGUUCCAACGUGGCCAGACCGCAAUGUCUGAGGAGGACACAACUGCAAUUAAGCCAGAAAACAAGGCCUUCAUCCUGGUCUCGGAGUCCAAAGCAGGGUUUGAGGGUAAAGAGGAGUACGAGGAGCUUCGACGUCGUUUAAAGGUCCAGAAAGGACAUGAGGGUGCUGUCAACUUCCUGGCAAAGAUUCGGGAGUGGGGCUUUGGAAAGAUUGCUGUGGCCUGGCGGCAGCACUUCGAAAACGAUGGGGACCGGGAGCUGCACUUCAAGGACUUCUGCAUUGGUUUGGCCUCCCUGGGCCACCAGGGAAUCUCGGCAAAUAGCUUCCCAAAGCCUUUGAAUGAUUUUGAAUGUAAUUCCUUGAAAAGGUAUAACAUUUGAUAGACUUACAUAAACUUUCCGCACAGGGGUCCUGUAAUUAACCGACCUCAAUUUAAAUGCAAAGUUCUACGGGCAGACGCUUUAACGCUGCGCCUUUGCAGAGAUCAACCUCACCUUGCAUCACUGCAUAGAGUACAUGUCAUUGCAUUGCAAUGACAACGGUCCAGCUGCCGAUAGGACCCCUAGCUCCUGGUCCAAGCACCCCUUGCAGGUGGGGAUGCUGCUGCCUCUAG